CCUUUAUUGGUGGCGUUCGGCGCUGUUGAAAUUGCGCGCUUUGUUAUGAGAUCAUUGCGAUUGCGGUAAAAGAUACACAUAUGUACAUGCCCGCGUGAAUUGAUACGCGGUUUUCGAUCGCAGCCUCGUGCUGUAUCGCGAUUUGCAUUCCCAAAUGUCUAUUGUGAAGAUUAGCGGUGUAUGUACGUUCAUUUUCGGCAAAUAGCGGGAAGUCCGCACGUGUCACUUGAGCGUAUGCAUUCGUUCAUAUGUGCGAAGUAUCGUGCGUGAGAGCGACAUUACAGCAUUUUCACGGUCGAGUGUUCUAUUAUUUACGAUACUGAUCUCCCAGCACGACGCAACGAGAGCACCUCGUUUCAUAUUUUCAUCGUCAAAAUGCCGCUGCUGCGCAAACAGCCAUUUCAGAGGCUUCACGUUUCAUCUGACUUCAGAGAUGACGACGAGGUAUAUCACUGCGAAGUAACAAACGAGAUUUUCAAGAAUUAUAAUGAAUUUUGUGAACGCAUUAUCUUGUGCAACUCACUUAUAUGGUCAUGCAGCAUUACUGGUCGAAGUAACAUGACUUUUGAAGAAGCUUUGCAAUGUGAAGAAAAUGCAAAGAAGAGUUUGAAAGAAUUUCCAAUGGAGUUACGAAUUCCUAUAUUGUACCUUGCUAGCAAAACAAGUAGAUCUUCUUUUAAUGAAAUGAUUGAAGAUGUUUACCAAUUUGCAAGAGAUCGGUAUUUUGUGGGAGAAAUGGUAGAAGCUAGUUUUACUGAGGACUCGUGGUAUAACUGUCAUGUUCUUCAAGUUAUUACACCAACAGAACAACAACUUAAAACAUAUAUGUCUGAAAAUAGCAGAACUCCACAAGAAAAUUAUUAUUAUCCACCUGCAAGAUUAUUUCGCUAUGAAGUAGAACAAUUGGAUUCUGGGGAUUCUGAGAUCAGUCAGCUUAUGAUUGUAGAAGCAUCUCAGAUUAGAAGACGGAAACAACAUUAUAGUAGAGAGCGUAAUAAAAUAUUUCUUCGUCAGCUUUGUGAACAAAAUAAUAGCGGUAUAUGGGUUGUCAAGGAAAGUGUGUUGGAAAAAUAUGGUAUUAACAAAGUUCGUUUUGAUACCAUUUUUGCUGGAACUCUACCUGAUUUUACGUUGCGUACAUCAAAAUCUAUCAAACAAAAGCAAGAAUCAAUAGAUAAAUUUCUUGUUCCAAAUGUGUCAAAACAAAAAACACUUGAAAAAGCAAACUCACAAGGAAAAGUUAGUGACAGUACAAAAAUUAAUGACACUGAUGUGAAGAAACUUCGAAAGCCAAGAAUGAAUGGCAAAUUUAAAGAUGAACUUAAAGCAAAAGCUUUGGAAGAAAAGGCGAAGCGUAAAGAAGAAAGAGCAUUGAAAAGUGAGCACAAAAAGGAAAGAAAACAAAAGUUAGCAGCUUUGGCUGCAUACAUGAAAAAGUGGAACAAACCAAGAGAAGAUCUUGAAUGUGAAGAUCUCUGUCCUAUUCCUGAACCUGUUGUUAUUAAAUGCAACAUACCAAACGAGAAAUUUGGAGACUUUGUUAUGAUAUCGGAGUUUCUUGAAUUUUUCGAUGAAGAAUUAGAAACAUCUGUAUAUUUUCCAGGAGGCUUUAAUUUAGAACUAUUAGAAAAGGCGUUAUUGACUGAAGAAGCUUCUGGUCCAUGGAGUGAUCUUUUGCAAAUGUUAUUAUCAAAUAUAUUUAAAUAUCAAGCGGGAGAAGAUAAUGAGAUUGAUGCGCAAGCAUCUGUUUUGCUGGAUGAUAUUAGUUCUUACGCAGACGCAUCAUCAAUGGCAAAGGCUGUAAAACUUGCUACAAUGGCUUCAAGAUGGUGUCCAACUUAUCAAGGAUGCAAACUAUCAGAACUUACGUUAGAUCACGUAACACUUAGUGAGAUUUUGAGACAACAUUUAUUAAGUUCUGGAGGACGUAUAAGCGAAGCUGCUUCUAAAUGGCGAUAUUCUCAGAAAGGUGGUUAUACUAACUACGACGACCCAGCGCUUUUUUUGAGGAUUAAUGAGAGUUAUCUUUUGCGAUUGUUGGGCCAUCGAAAUGUCUGCGAGAUUGAUUUAGAUGACAAAGUAAAGAUUGUUACAUGUUUGGUCAAUCAAUUGCUUACGUUUGCAUCGAUACGCGACGCAAUCGAAGAACGAUAUGACAAAAUACAUCAAGCAAAAAAAGAAUUAAAAUUAUUUUUGCUUGCUGAACAGAAAAAAGAAAAGGAAGAGAAAGAAAAAUUGCGAGAACGGGAGAAAGAAGGAAAGCUUGAAGAAGAAGAACAGAAGCCGAAAAAACUUACGCGGAGUAAUUGCGAAGAGGAAAAGAAAAAAGAAGAAUAUGAAAACAAACUGAAAGAGUUGCAGCAAGCAACAAAAAAUGAUAGGAUGAUGCUCUAUUUGGGAGCAGAUAGAGCUCAUAGGAGAUACUGGAGAUUUAUAUCUAUACCAGGCUUAUUUGUAGAAAAUGAUGAGCAUUGGCCUGGAGACUGUCUUCCUGAGGGUACUCCCUAUCAUCCAGAGUUACAAGAUAAGGAAGCAAUGUUUGCAUAUCUAAAAAACAAAUUUGAAGACGAGUUGAGUGACAAAGAGAACAGCUUCAAAAAAUCAAAAAAAUCGCCCAAAAAGAUUUUAUCUUUAGAUAAAAAUGGCAUCAAAUCACCACGAAAAGAAAUGAGUCCUCGAAAAGAAUUUAAGCAAGAUCUUAUUAAUAUUAAAAGAAGUUUGGUAUUGUGUACAGGCGACAAGGACUGUCCUGUUCAUUGCAAAAGAUCACCGACAAAGUGGAGCUUUUAUGGGAAUAAAGAAGAUAUUGAAACAUUAGUAAAUAGUUUAAGCACAAGAGGUAUCAGGGAAAGCGAGCUUCGAAAUAAUCUUUUACAAGAAAUGGAUAGCUUACUAUUUGUUAUUAAUGAAUGUCCUAAGCACAAAUUAAAUCCUGACAUUUUUCCAGACCCAAACAAAGGACAGAUUAACAAGAUAACAAAGAAAAAUAAAUAUGAAAACGCAAACUUGAACUUUCCUCCUGAAGUGUCAGUCGACGAAGUGAUGGAAAUGUCUUUAAGAGAUCAUAUUUUGGAUUUUGAAGACAAAAUCAACGCGGGUUGCUUGGGAUCUUUAAAAAUUGCAGAUCGUACAAAGUGGAGAGAUGCGAUUAACAAAAGAAGCUAUGACAAACAAUGUGAUAAGUUGAUGUGCGCCGGUAAUGAGAUAGAUAUAGAUGUACCCGCUAACAUAUUGAUUGACAAGAUAAAGAACGAAUUCAAACAUAGCAGACCUUGCACUCCUGAUUCCGACACUGGUAGUAUCAAUAUAAAGACGUACAGGGAUCCAGGAAUGUAUUUAGGCUUACCCAGUGAAGACGAAAUGCCGCUAGAUCAAAAACAGCAAACCAUAAUAAAACAGCUGGCAUGUGCUAUUCUACAGCUCUCUCAUGCUAUAGAACAAAAAUAUUUGCAGAAACCUCUAGGACCUGAUCAAAAAGAUAAGAAAUGGUCGGGUGAAGAAGUGCGAGAAAGAUGGGAACAAUCGCUUAUAGCGUCGACGAGUUGGUCUCAGUUGUUCGUUCACUUGAGUACCUUACACAAUAGCGUUGCGUGGCACAGAAGCGCAUUAAAUGCACAGUGUCGCAUAUGUCGAAGACGUAGAGAUGCAGAGAACAUGUUACUUUGUGAUGGAUGCAACAGGGGACAUCAUCUUUAUUGUUUAAAGCCGAAGCUUACCGCUGUACCAGCUGGUGAUUGGUUUUGUACAGCAUGCAAACCACCGGAGAUCAAACCCAAAGAAAUCAUGAAGAAGCGAAAAAAAUUUGAAGAUGAUAUAGAAGAUGAAACAAUAUUAAUUAAAGAAACACGACAUAAUCGUGCAAAGCGGGUAUUCGAUAGUGAUGAUGAAGAUGAUGAAGAGAAUGAUCCAGAUGAUGAAGAAAACGAAGAAGACGUGAAUAUAAACUUAGGAAACUUGUGCGCAUCGUGUAAAAGUGGUGGAAAGAUGAUCAUUUGCGAUACAUGCCCAAAUCGUUAUCAUUUAGAAUGUAUCGAACCACCACUGUCGAGAGCUCCUAGAGGAAGAUGGUCUUGCUCUAAAUGUAAAGAUAAAAAAAGGAAUGGAACAAAAGUGAGGGGGCGCGAAAGGGAAAGAGACAAGGAGAGGUUGUGCGCAGCAGCAGCACGCUCUCGCAUCCAUGGCUUUGCCAAGAGCCUCCUCACUACAGAAUCUACAGACUGGGAUGAUAGUAGUACAUCGGAUGAUGCCGAACCAAGACAAACACGACGCGCAACGAAAAGAGCCGCUGAACUUGAAGAAGACAAAAAUACGAUAAAAGGAUCUAUGUCUAAAUUACAAGACUUAUUAACCGACAUUAAGCAUCAUAGAGAUUCAUGGCCAUUUCUAUCUCCUGUUACUAAAGAAGAAGUACCAGAUUACCACAGUAUCAUUUCUAAUCCGAUGGACUUUGGUACUAUCAAAACCAAACUUGAAAAUGGCGAGUACGAGACGCUGGACAGAUUUUUUAGCGAUUGCUGGUUGGUCUUUGACAACUGUAGUUUGUAUAAUAAGGAAAAUAGUUCUGUUUACAAUUACGUAUACAGGGCAGGUACGCGAUUACUCAAGUACUUCGAGAAACGUUGUAAGGAAUUGGGCUUGAAUUUUGAUGAGGAACUUUUCCAAGAACCUAAACCUAAGAGGACAAAACUGGAUGGUAGCGGUGAUAUUGAAGAAAAUAAUGCGUCCAACAGCGAGGAUGAUGAAAAAGAAAAGAAAAGAUAGAAACAAGAUACUCAUGUAUCAAUAUAGCAUAUAUAUAGCAUAUAUACUUAUAAGAUUAUAUAUAUACAUAUAUAUAUAUACACAUAUACAUAUCUGUAUAUAUGUAUAUUUAUAUAUAUAUAUAUAUAUAAAACUCAAAACAGUUUGUAAAGUAUACCAAUUCUUUCUACAGCGGAUAAUAAGAUUACAAUAACAACGGAAUAUAGUACAAUUCGGAAACUAUUCUACAGAAUUAACGGCGUAUUAAGAAAGAUGUGCUUUUCUUUUUAAGAGUCGAUUUUUCUAGACGUUUCGUAAUAGAUGUCCGCAGUAUUAUUUGCAGAGAUGCAUAUGUAUAACCGUACUAUAUAUAUUUCCAAACAUACUAGCACAUGAGCAGAAUAUUUUAAGGCAGAACGUACACGAUUAGUUUUAUUUUUUUCGAGCAGUACAAUAGUAAUACUAUUUUCUUUCUUUUAUAGAUAAAAUAACAAGCAAAAUUCAAUAUAUUAUAUUAUCUCGAGAAAGAACUUUAUUUAUUUCAAUAUUAUUCUCACAUAAGUGCAUCAGAUAUUUACUUCUCAUUGUAAUUAAAUUGAGAUAUUGAGUGAUGUAUGAUAUUCUAUAAACUUGCUUUUCUUGAAAUUGUUUAUAAAUAUGCAAGAUUGUAGAAUACAAACAAGCUUUCGGAAAAUACAUUAUUAUUCAGAUAGAAGCAUUAUUAAUAAAUUUGUUUGUAGAUUCCGACAAUAAAAUUGGAUACUUUCUUACUACGUGUUCUAUUAUCAACUGAAAAUAUUACAUAUUCACAUUUUAUAAAAAUUUGUUUUUUUAAUAGUACUUAAUUUUUUUUAUGCAUGUGUUUAAGAUUUUAUGAUUUCUGACUCUAGUUGAGAAUGUUAUGGUACAAAAUAUAAUAGUUUUGCUAUAUUAUAUAACUAAUAAAAAAUGUGUUUUUUCUUA